UAGUUGCACGUGAUUUUUUUUUUUGAGGAACAAAGUCACGUGAUCGUUGCUCCACAGUGAUUCCUGGAGCAGGAAAUGAAACAGAGAAAAUACCAGCAUUUCGGAUUCAUGUUCCACAUUUUAACACAGAGACACGCCAAACAGAACAAGCCGUCUUCUUUUCAGUCCUCCGAGUCUCUGAAUUGAUUUCUGCUUGAAAAUAAUCCGAAAUCGUCUCUCCCGAGUCCGCAGUCUCUUCCGAGGAGUGAGAAUAGAAGCGAUACAAACAAACGGUUUAAUUUUCUUUUUGUCCGAUUAUAAGUAGUCGAAACUAUCGAUCUUCUAAUCGCUCCAAUGGGGUCGCUGUUUCGCAGCGAGGAGGUGUGUCUCGCGCAGCUAUUCCUCCAAUCAGCUUCCGCCUACAGCUGCGUCAGCGAGCUGGGAGAGAUGGGAUUGGUGGAAUUUCGAGAUUUGAACCCCAAUGACAACGCCUUCCAGAGGAAGUUUGUGGGGGACGUGCGACGCUGUGAAGAAAUGGAGAAAACCUUCACGUUCCUGGAGCAGGAGAUCAGGCGUGCCGGCCCCUCGUUGCUGCCCGCUGUCUCCCCGGAGGCCGCCUCCUCCACCGCGGCCCCCUCCCCCCGCGACGCCCUGCGGAUCCAGGAGGAGUCGGAGCGUCUGUCCCUGGAGCUGCGGGAGGUCAGCCGGAACAGAGACUCCCUGCAGAAGCAGCUGAGAGAGGCGCUGGAAUACCAGAGCGUGCUGAGAGAGAGCCAGAGAUUCACAGAGCGAUCGGAGUCCGGUUCUCCUCUCUCGGACCCUCUCUCUGCUGUCGACGGAUACCAGUCCUUCCCCCAGAGGAUGGAUGUCCAUCUCAGUUUCACUGCCGGAAUCAUUCACCCUUGGAAAGUGAACUCUCUGGAGAGGCUCCUUUGGAGGGCGUGUCGCGGUUACGUCAUCUUCAACUUCAAAGAGAUGGACCAGCCAAUGGAGGACCCCGCUACGGAGAUUUUCUGCAUUUUAUUGCAAAACCUGGUUUCAGGGAAAUGGUGAGUGAAGUUGCAAAAUGGAAGCUUUCUCAAUAACAGACAGGGAAGUAAAAACUGCACACUGACUACAUUUAGUAGUGUGUGUGUGUGUGUGUGUGUGUCUCAGUGUGUGUGUGUGUGUCU